AUGGGCGGUGCAGAUGAUCUUCAGAGUGGAUACCUCCCAAACCACAAAAUAGACCCUUUAGUGGUUGAUUCAACAAAUUUUGGAUUACUAUGGACCACUUUAACAGGUGGAUCGGUGCCAGGCUCUGGGGUCACUGAGCAGUUCCUAGCGAAACCCCUUGUAUACACUCCUGCUGGGGGCUCCCAGGUCAUCAUUGCUGCUUCUGAGACAAACUGGGUAUAUGUUCUUAAUGGGGCUACCGGGGCGAUCAUAACCAAGCGCCAAGUUCGAGAUCCUUUCGAUGUUGCGGACCUGCCAUGCACAGAUAUCCGUGGCACAGUGGGUAUAACAGGGACUCCGAUAAUAAAUCGCCCGACGAAUACUAUGUAUUUCUGUGCGAAAGGGUACAAAGAUACUGUUAAAGGCGUCUUCAACGGAGCGUACUUCCUGUAUGCAGUUGAUGCGAUAACUUUAGCGGAUCGUCCUGGAUACCCAGUGAUGCUUGAUGGCAAUCCUGCAGAUAAUGCACCGGAUAAAUACUUUCAUGGUGGUACCCAUCUCCAGCGAACUUCCCUCAUCAUUAAAGGGAACACAGUAUAUGCAGCCUUCGGUGGUGUCUGCGAGCAAUACAACUUUACGGGAUAUAUAGUUGGUGUUGACACUGGAACACCGAAGAUAAAUGCAAUCUGGACCACGAUAUCGGGACCAGACUCUAUUGCUCAGGAUGGAACCUGGCUUGGUGGUGGGGGAGAGGCAGGAAUCUGGCAGUCCGGUCGUUCUUUUGCAAGUGAUGGAGCAGAUCGAUUCUUUGUAGCUACAGGAAAUGGCAAAUUGCUUGGCAGUUACUCCUCUGCGGUAGCGGGAUCUACACCGCCUAAAAUCUUGGAAGGUUCUGUUGUCAACAUUAAAGUUGAUCUGACGACGGGAAAACUUACUCCCCAAGACUUCUUCCGCCCAUAUGAUUAUGUCAAUAUAGACCCAGAUAUGAGAGAUAUAGGCGCUGGCGGGGUGACAAUUUUAGACCCAGCAUCUUUUUCGGCUGCUACUGCUCCCAUUAUCGGCAUUGUGGGAGGAAAAACUGGAAAAAUGUAUGUUCUUAACAUGAACAAUAUGGGAGGGUUCAAGAACGGAAAUGGAGGAACCGAUGCUGUGGUUCAAACGAUCGUGAUGCCACCGAUAGGGUCCUCCCCUGGAAGUUUAUAUGGCACCGUCGCUUCAUAUCCCUUACCUGGGGUCCAAGGAGGGGGGUAUAUAUAUGCAAAGAUAAUCUCUGCUGCGGGGACAGCGAGCGCAAUAUGUGUUUAUAAAUUUAAUCCGGAAGGCACACUUACGGAUGUAGCUCGGUCAGACAAUACUGCCAGUCAUAUUGGCACAGGUAUUCCAACUGUAACCAGUUUCGAUGGGGCUGCAGGGACAGGCAUAUUGUGGUUUACAACUCGCGAUGGUGAUCUCAAUGCAUACCGCGCUAUUCCAGUCAACGGAGUGCUGCAAAGAAUAAACUUACCCACUGGAAUCAAAAGCGCAAAGUUUCAGCGUCCUGCAUUCGGCAACGGUCGUGUAUAUGUGUCAACUUCUGAUGGUCAUAUUGCAUGCUUUGGAAAGAAGCCUUAG